AUGGAGAAGCUUCGCCGUAACCGAGCUGUCCUUCGUGGCGCCGUGACGCGGUGCCUGUCAUCCGCUACCGAACUCCUGCAACAGCCCUCGGCGGCCCCGUCUGACUUGCAGGUAACCCUGGAUGAACUACUCGACAAGGACAGGACUCUUACCGCUUUGAAUGAUAAAGUCGCAGAGCUCAUUGACGACGACACCUACGAGCAAGAAAUCAGCACCGCUCUCGAUUACCACGAAAAAAUUUGCCGUUGCGUAAGUCGGAUUCGGUUCCUUCUGAGUUCUCGUACCGCAUCUAGCGCUACAUUGUCUAGUACCGCUACCCAAGACCAAUCAGGAGAGCGCUCAGGCGAAGGGUCGGGUACCGUCAAUGCCGCUCCGAACGCUACUGCGAGCAGCUCGCGCUCUGGACCGCAACGGGUUAAUCUACCGAAACUCCAAGUGCCGGUCUUCUCUGGUGAGCUCCGUGAAUGGCAGGGGUUCUGGGAACACUUCGAAGCAACUAUCCAUCGACGUCCAGAUCUCCCCGACAUAGAGAAAUUCCAAUACCUGAAGACAUACUUGAGUGGAUCUGCAAGGCGUGCAGUCGAGUGGAUUCGCCUUAACGAAACCAACUACCCGGUGGCGGUGAGCGUGCUCACCGAGCGGUUUGGCCGUACCGACGCUCUUGUCAAUGAACAUAUUGAUAGCCUUCUUGCCAUCGCGCCUGUCUCAUGUUCGUCUCAGAUAACUCUGCUCCGGGACCUCUACGAACAGAUUCAGUUCCGCACCAGCUGCCUCGAGAGUCUUGGUGUUCCUGCAGCGGAGUACGCAGUAGUUCUCCAUCGGGUCCUCAUGCGUUCCCUACCGGAAGAUAUCGCUGUUCUUUACAGACAGCGCUUGAAGACGCAAGAUAAACAAGAUGCACCGUCCAGCUCCGCAGCAGGCUCUCGUGCCGAAGAAGUGAACACUGCCAUGGAAUUUCUGAGGGUCCAAGUGGAGAGCAGAGAGGAGACCAAGGCAGCACGCGUGAAAGAAAACUCGAAUCUCGCAUCAACCGAACGAGUGCAUUCACGGAGCUCCUCCCACCUUCCGUCUGCUUUGGCGUUAGCUACAGGGUCCGCCCCUCCCGACCAGCUCACGUGUCCUUUGUGUGACCAGUCUGGUCACACAACCCAGGAGUGCCACGCCUCCUUAUCAACCGAUGAAAAGCGAAGGAGACUGUCAGCAAGGCGUUGCUGCUUCAAGUGCGGCAAGCGUGGGCACAUGGCUCGUCAGUGUCGCACUGCAGCGACACUGAGAUGUCGGGCCUGUUCAAGCCGCCAUCUGACGGUACUGUGCGACCUAUGGAAGAGACCUGACGCAAGGUGUCUACAACCGUCAUCCGCACUCGGGGCCUCGAACUCCCAGUCCACAUCUGGACCACAGAGCCCACAGCACGCUACAGCUACCGUGGCUGCGACUCAUACGAGCAGCGGGGUCGGUCACCCGAUAUUACUACAGACAGCGACAGUAUGGGCGUCUGGAGAAGGCGGCAACGUCAUGGUGCGACUACUGCUCGAUACCGGCAGCCAGAGAACGUUUAUACGGAGCGAUCUUUCCCACAAGCUGCAUCUUCCUUGUGAAGAAAGGAAGACCUCACCGUACUUACGUUCGGAAACACGAGUCGGCCGCGACGUCACCCUAGAAGCGCUGGAGGUUCCAGAAGUAUGUACCGUAACAACUACCUUGGCCACGGAUCUGCCGGAACUCAGUGGGAAGAAUCUGCUCUUCGCCGACGAACCUAAUUCUUGUACGAGGGAAAACUCUGUCAUUAGCGUCCUUAUCGGCUCAGACUUCUACUGGAGCGUGGUUACGGGACGUACCGAGCGCCUCGGCGACCGCAUGUGUGCCGUGGAGACAAUGUUCGGCUGGGUGGUCCAAGGAGUCAACUCAAGUUCCAGCCUUCCAGCACCCAUGUGCGGCAACACUGUCGCACUCUUUUUAGGCUACUUCAACAUCGCUUGCGGUGACGAAAAAGUGAUAGACCCUUCGGAGAUGUGGAGACUUGAUGCAAUUGGCAUAACCGAUUCAGCUCAUUCCCAAGCUACCGAGGAGCGCACGGCAUUUGACCAGUUUCAGAGCGCAGUAUACAAGGAAGAGGGACGAUACGUCGUUCCCUUGAUGGUCAAGGCGCCCUACCUUUUGUCCACUACGAACCGACCCGUUGCUGAAGCAAGGCUACAGCGUCAACUUAAACGUUUCGAAGCUCAUCCGGACGUGCUGCGAGAAUAUGACCACACAAUCAGCGAGUACUUCAACGAGGGUCAUGCGGAGCGAGUGGAGCCGUCGGACCAAGGUGCCCGUCAUGUGUAUUACCUUCCUCACCACGCAGUCAUACGGCGGGAAGCGGUGACAACCAAGGUUCGUGUCGUGUUCGAUGCCUCUUCGCAUGAACCGGGAAGUCAUUCGCUUAACGAUAUACUGGACAAGGGCACAACGCUCGGUGCAGAAUUGCUGCAACUACUUCUGCAGUUCAGGUGCAAUCACAUCGUCAUGACCGCCGACAUUCGCAAGGCAUUCCUGCAAAUUCACGUCCGACGAGAAGACAGAGACCUUCUUCGUUUCUUGUGGAUCGAACGACUUCCCAGUAGUGACGAGCCUUGCCCAACCAUCGUCGAGUGGCGUAUGACGAGGGUGCCAUUUGGAGCUUCGUCGAGCCCAUUUCUACUGUCUGCAACUUUGAUGCAUCACCUUGAAUCUUGGAAGGCUAUUCAUCCAGAAAUCGCAUCGCGUCUACAAAGAGCCUUUUACGUGUAUGAUCUAGUUAUCGGCGCUUCAACCGAACCUGAAGCACUCCACAUUUACCAAACAGCCCGUGCUAUUGUGGCGGACGCCAGCAUGGAGCUGAGAAAGUGGUGCUCCAGUUCCGAAACGUUGAACGAGCAAUUUCGUGCAGACGGUGUCUCCCUCGACGACAUCGGUCAACCGUUGGUUAGAUGCAAGGUGCUUGGUCUUCCGUGGAACCGAUCUGCUGACACUAUCGUAAUGACCACUCAAAACGUGUCAUCUUACGUUGCUACGCAGCCAGCUACCAAGCGAAUUGUACUUCAGACCUUUGCGAGGCUGUUUGAUCCUCUUGGGCUUCUUGGACCGUUUCUCGUCCGCGCCAAACUUCUGUUCCAAGAGCUAUGGCGGCGCAAUUGCACAUGGGAAGAAGCUCUACCUGAGGACGUGCAUGAACACUGUAAGACCUGGACGUCCGAGCUUAGCGAACUUUCAGCGUUCCAAGUCCCACGUUGUGUCAUAUCUCCUGCAACGCAAGGCGCAAAAGGACAGGAGCUUCACGUAUUUUGCGACGCAAGCCCAAUGGCAUACGGGGUUGCCGUUUAUCCCUUCCUUGACAAGAAAGGUUUGCUUCGUGUGGGUGGUCGCCUGCAGGCCCUUGAUGCGUCGGAGGAGUUGAAGCAUCCUAUGAUACUACCUUGCAACGACCGGUUCACUGAGCUUCUGGUUUUGGAUUCUGAAAGGACGUCGGACAGUGAGGCGGGUAUUGAACGCUUGCUUGCCGUGUCGUCGUAG